UUUGUGAAAUCGGAUAAUGUAUUUUGCUUCCUGCUUUCUCUCCAUCACCGUCUAGUGGAAUCAAUCUCAAUCUCACCUAAGCUUUUCUCUGAUACUCCAUUUUCCCAAUGAGAUGUUCAAACGAAUCUAUAUCUAUACCCAUCUCCCAUUUCUGCCAAUUUGUGCAUUAUUCUCUCACAUUCACAAUGCAUAACCUCUGAUCUAGGGAUUGGUUUUCCUACGCCAAAUUAACUCUGCUGGAUUUUCGUGGCUAAGCUCUUGGUUAAUAAGUUAAUCGAAAAGUGUGCAGUGUUGGUUAAAGGGCCUUCUUAUGCAAAUUUUGAUCGAAGUUUCAUUGAUUAAGCUAUUGCUUCUCCUGAUUGAAUUGUAAAAGUAUAAAUGUGAUGAUGGUGGUGGUGCUUCCCAAUGAGAAGAUGAAUACUUUCAGUAGGAGUCUUUCCUCGAAAGUUAAACAAAGGGCUGCUUAUGUUUCACGGGUUUUUCGUGCUUUGGUUAUCAUUGGAUCACUAGUUUGUUUCUUGUUGGCCAUUGGUUGCGGAUACAUGUAUGUUCUGCCAAAUAUUGCACAUGCUUUACAUGAUCGUGAGUACGGAUUCUCCAACUCUGGCACUUCCAUAGAUACUUGUGAUGUAUUUGACGGAAAAUGGGUGAUGGAUGACCGCUACCCCUUGUAUAACGUCUCAGAGUGCCCUUUUGUAGAGCAAGGAUUCAAUUGCUUAGCUAAUGGUAGAGUGGAUGACGAUUAUCUCAAGUGGAGGUGGAAGCCAAAGCACUGUGACAUUCCAAGAGUUAAUGUGCAGCUCACUUUGGAAAUACUCCGAAAUAAAAGAGUUGUUUUUGUUGGUGAUUCUAUGAGUAGAACUCAGUGGGAAUCUCUGAUAUGUUUGCUAAUGUCUGGAUUGGAAGAUAAGGAAAGUGUUUAUGAAGUCAAUGACAACAUCAUAACAAAGCAAGUUAGGUUUUUAGGUGUACGGUUCAGUUCUUUCAACUUCACCAUUGAGUUUUAUCGAUCAGUUUUCCUUGUGCAACACAACUGGGCACCCAGAAAUGCACCAAAGAAUGUUAGAUCAGUACUGUUGUUGGACAGAUUAGAUGAUAUCAGUAAAGAGUGGAUCAACUCAGAUGUUCUGGUUUUUAACUCUGGUCAGUGGUGGGUUCCGGGGAAGCUUUUUGGGACGGGGUGCUAUUUUCAGGUUGGUGAAUCACUUAAACUUGAAAUGACGAUUGGUACGGCCUUCCGAACAGCGUUGCAGACUUGGUCAUCUUGGGUGGACAGUAUGAUCAACCCAGAAAAGACACAUAUCUUCUUCCGAACUUUUGAACCGUCUCACUGGAGGAAUCUUACUCUGCGGCAAUGCAAUGUGAGUAAGUUACCUCUUCCAGAUAGCGUGGGAAAGGAUUUAAGUCCAUUCUCUGAAGCGGUGUUUGAGGUUGUGAAUGGUAUGGUCGCACCUGUGACUGUUCUUCAUGUAACUCCCAUGUCAGCAUUCCGAAGUGAUGCACACGUGGGGACCUGGAGCGACCGACCAUCUCUAUCUGAUUGUAGCCACUGGUGUCUACCUGGAGUACCUGACAUAUGGAAUGAAAUACUCAUUGCUCAUCUGUUUGGUAAUCGCUGAGCACUUCUAAGUGAAACUACAUGACGUUUGAGUUGCGCUGAUCGGAGCAAUUAUAAAGAGUUAUAUACUCCAUACAAGACAAAGUUGCCUCUUUGAGAGGGAGAGCGAGAGCGAGGGAGAAAUAAAUCAAAUGAGUAUGUUGGACAAAACCGACGACUUCUUUCCCUUGUAGUGUUGUUAGCAAGUGUUCCAAUUUUGGUUCAUAUUGGCCAUUUAAGGAUUUAUUAUAUGUCCCAUUGAAGAUGCUAAGAUGACUCAUUACUAAAAAUAUAAACACCCUUAUCCCUAUUUUAUUCUUUCUACCUAACGCACAAAAUAAACUGCAUAAAAUUCCGUGCCCCCAAGGAGGGGGGGGGGGUACGUUGACUGUUGUUA